AUGGAGCAGAUAAGAAGCAGAAGGAGCAGAGACAAAGCAGAAGAAACAGAGAAGGAGUUACCUGCAGAAGUUGUCGUCGCCGGAGAAGGAAGUCGUGGACGGAGCAGGGAGCUGGACGCCUCGCUAGAGCAGGAGCAAGAAGACGCCGCUAUGUUGGUCCCUCAUUCGUCUUUCGCUGACGGUCCCCAGCAAAUGGAAGUAGUUGCUCGAGCAGGGACUUCCAUUACGGUUGAGAACCAGCCAGUUAAGGAGAAAUUCAGGUGGAAGAUUGAAGAUUUUUCUAGUUUGAACUUCGAUGAGGAGCACUACUCUGAUAUCUUCGCUGGCGGGGGUUUUUUGUGGCGGAUGCUCAUUGUAAAGGACCGAAGUUUUUUGUCCAUGUAUCUCGAAGUUGCAGAUUCAGUGAUUUUGCCUUACAAAUGGUCUAUUUGCGCUCAAUUCAGCUUGGCUUUGAUUUGUAUAGAGGAUGAAAAAAAAACUUUUGCUUACCUAGGGAAAGAUGUUGUUCUGGACGAAAUUUGUGUUUCAGAUUCUUUUACUUUGUCAGAGUCAGAGACAGAUCAUCAAUUUAAGGCUCGAGCCAGUCGCCAUGGUUUUCGGCGGUUCAUCCUUACCGGUCAACUAUACAACAGGGAUACCGGGUAUAUUGUGGAAGACACACUAAUUGUGGAAGCUAAGGUUGCUGUCAAAGCUGUUUAUGACUCGAAAAAGGAAACAGGUUAUGUUGGACUUAAGGAGAAAAGAGGAACUCGUUACAUGAAUUCUCUCCUCCAGACUUUGUACCAUAUCCCCUGCUUUAGAAAGGUUGUGUACCAGAUUCCAACAACUGAGAAUGAUAUGCAAUCAGAGUGCACCCCCCUGGCUCUUCAGAGCUUAUUCUAUAGGGUUCAGAACGGUGACAACAGUGUUGCGAUGAAAGAGCUUAGAAAGUAUUUUGUAUUCAAGAAACAUGAUGUAUUGGAAUUUAAUAGUGUUCUUUUUCAAAUGCUGGAAGAUAAAAUGAAGGGAACUGUUGUGGAGGGUAGUGUACGAAGGUUGUUUGAAGGGCACUAUGUGGACAAGUGUAUGAAUGAGGUAUCCUUUUAUGGUAUUCGGCUUGAUGUCAAAGGUUGUAGAGACGUCUUUGCUUCUAUUGAUAAGUUCGUGAAAGAUGAAUGCCUCGAGGACAGUAACAAGGCUUGUGAUGAGCAACGUGGGCUACAGAGAAUUGAUCAUUACGAGUAUCCUCUGCAUUUGAACCUCGGAAAAUAUUUGUCGCAUAAAAAUCAGGGAGUUGAUGACAUUUAUACACUUCACAGUGUUUUGGUUCACGGUUUUCUGUGGGAACGAGGACCUCAUUAUGCUCUUAUCAGGCCAACCCUCUCUGAUCAAUGGUGUUUCAAGUUUGAUGAUGAGCGGGUAACAAAAGCUGAUAUGAAGAUGGCCUUGGAAGAGCAGUAUGGUGGUAUGGAACAGACAAAAUCUGACUCCAGGUACACUCCGUUUGAUUCGAUUAUGCAUACCAUUGCCUACAUGCUUGUCUAUAUACGUGAAAGGGACAAGGAGAAAAUAUUUUGUGACAUGGAUGAGAAGGACAUAGCGAAAAACAUUAGGUUAGGACACUCGUUGUGGAAGCGAGAACAGGAAAAAAAAGAGCAAGAGAAGAAGGAAAAGGCAGAGGCUGAUUGUAUAACAAUCAUAAAGGUUGCAAAAGAUGAGGAUCUCAGGGAGCAGAUAGGGAGGGAUAUUUAUUUUGAUCUUGUGGAUCAUGAUAAACUCCUGAGCUUCAGUAUUCUAAAAGUAAUGCCUUUUAUAGAUUUCAAGGAAUAUGUUGCUAAAGAGUUUCGCAUUCCAGUGAUGUUCCAGCGCUUUUGGUUGUGGGCCAAGCGUAAAAAUAAUACCUAUCGUCCAAGCAGGCCAUUGACUUCUCAGGAAGAACAACUAUCUGUUGGACGGUUAAGGGAGUUAUCAAGUAAAGAGCAUAAUGCAGAACUUAAAUUAUUCUUGGAAGUGGUGCCAAAUCAGUAUAUUUUAGACGCUAUUCUCCUUUUCUUUAAGCUAUAUGACCCAGAGAAAGAAGAGCUCCGGUAUGUUGGAUCGCUUUUUGUUUAUGGUAGUGAUAGGCCUGUGGAUAUUCUAACAGAACUAAAUGAUAUGGCUGGCUUUGGUGCGAAGGAGGAAAUUGAACUUUAUGAGGAAGUUGAGUUCAAGCCUCGUGUCAAGUGUGAGCACAUUAACAAGGAACUCACUUUUCAAUCUAAACAGAUUAUAGAUGGGGACAUUAUUUGUUUUCAGAAGUCUUCUGCACUUAAGAGUUCUAAACAAUACCAAUAUCCUGAUGUUCCAUCAUUUUUGAAAUAUGUUGGGUCUUCCCAAAAGGUUUAUUUCCGACGUCUAAAGAAACCAGAGGAGGAUUGUUUUUUGCUGGUGCUGGCAAGUUUUUGCACAUACGAUAAUAUUGUCAAAAAAGUUGCAGUCAAACUUUGUUCGGUUGAUCCAUCCAAAAUUAGGCUCACAUCCCAUAAUUGUUUAAAUCAUAGGCCCUAUCCCCAACCGAUUGUGUACUCGGCCGUGGAGUGUUUAGCAGAGAUGCUGUUCUGCGGUGAACAGAUUUCAAAUAUCUUGUAUUAUGAAGUAUUGGAUACUCUGCCAAAAUUGAUAGGUUUGCAUACUCGGGCAGUUGCUCUUCAUUCGCCCUUGAAGGAUGAGCCUAUUAGUACUGAUGUUGAGAAACUCAGGUCUCAACGGAAUGAGUUCUAUGUAUCUCUCUUUCUUACUAGUUUGGAUCAUACUCUAAAGGGCCACUUGUUAGCUGGGGAGACUAUCCCUACUCUGAAUGAAAAUUUCUCCAGGCUACAACGCAUGGGUCAUUCUGCCAAAUCUAAAUCCUUAUCUAAGGAUAAUUCAGCCUUUAGUGAUGGCUGUGGUCGUGGUCGUUCUUAUGGUGGAGGCUGUGGUUCAGGAGGGCAUAGUAAUGCUGGGCAACAAGGUGAUCAUCCUCCUAGACAAUGCUCAUAUUGUGGUAAGCCCAAUCAUACCAUUGACACUUGCUGGGCCAAGCAUGGAAAACCUGAAUGGGCUAAACAGUUGGCCAAUCAUGCCUAUUUUGAUGAUGGUUCUGAUACAAUACCUCCAAGUGACUCUAAGUCUGGUCCACCUACUAGUGAUGGUUCUACCUCCAACCUUCAUGAUGAGGAUCUUCACACGAGGAAGACGAUUAGUGGAGGGCGUGAAAAAGAUGGACUGUACUACCUCUCUAGUGCUGCCCCUACUGCUUCCACUGCUACUACAACUGUUGAUGGGGUGUCUGCCUUUCAAUGGCACUAUAGGAACUGUCGUGCUUACCUGGCUACUUUGAAGAAGAAGUCAGAUGAAACCCCUAAAGAAGGGAUUCAAAGUGACAAGAAGAUUGGAUAG